AUGACAGAGUCCAUAGAAGAGUCAAAACUGGAAAUAGUGAUGUUCCCAUGGCUUGCUUUUGGUCACUUAAUCCCAUACAUGAAUCUGUCAAAUGAACUUGCAAAAAGAGGUCACAAAAUCUCAUUCUUGUUGCCCAAAAAUGCUGAAGUUAGACUUCAAAAACUCAAUCUUUACCCAAAUCUCAUCACAUUACAUAAACUGACAAUGCCUCACGUUCAUGGCCUUCCAUAUGGAGCAGAGACUACAGCUGAUGUUCCUGGAUCCUUGGAGAGUCUAUUAGCAACAGCUUUUGAUGAAUUGUAUGAUGAAAUCAAAUCUUUUCUUCAAAAUCUAAAACCCCAUUUCGUUUUCUUUGAUUUUGCUUAUUGGAUUCCUGAUUUAGCACUAGAAAUUGGGGGUAUCAAGACUCUAUGUUACAAAGUUGUUUGCCCUGCUAUAUCAUCUAUAGCAUUGAUUCGAUCACCGGUUAAGACUACAUUUAUGGCAUCAACUGCAGCUGAGCUAGUAAAGCCACCACCAGAUUACCCUUCUACUACUGUGGUGUUGCGUGAAAGUGAAGCUAAGUUGUUAUCAUUUCUAUUUCAUGAAUAUGGCAAGGGGGUGACAUUUUACGAACGAUCCAAGAAGGGAAUGACAGGAUGCAACGCAAUAGGUGUGAAAACAUGUAGAGAGAUUGAAGGAACCUUUUGUGACUACAUAGCAACACAAUUUGAAAAGCCAGUCCUGUACACAGGGCCUGUUCUUGCUGAACCGACAAAGGGGCCUUUAGAAGAACAUGGAUUAUCGGAUUGGCUCGAGAAAUUCGAGGCAGGAUCAGUAGUGUUCUGUGCAUUUAGGAGCCAAAUGAUUCUUGAAAAGAAACAGUUUCAACAACUUGUUUUAGGCUUUGAACUGACUGAGUUACCAUUUCUUUUAGUUGUUAAGCCACCUGAAGGGACAAAUUCAGUAGAAGAAGCCUUGCCGGAGGGAUUCAAAGAAAGGGUUCAAGAAAAAGGAUUGAUUCUUGAUUGUUGGGUGCCACAAUUGGAGAUUUUAAGUCACAAAUCAGUUGGUUGUUUUGUGACUCACUGUGGUUAUGGGUCGAUGUGGGAGUCUUUGGCACUGUGUGAUUGUCAAUUGAGAGGUAGCCAAAUUGGUCGUCUUGUGAAAGAGAAUCAUAAGAAAUGGAAGGAACUUCUUUCGAGUCCUGGCUUCAUGAGUAACUACAUUGAUAACUUCAUUCAAGACUUGCAUGGGCUUCUAGUUGAAAAGACUAGAUAA